AUGCGUGUACCAUCUGUGAACACGGCAACUCUGAAGACGACUACCGUAAAGGCGACAUCACUAAAAACAUCCGAGGAUGACUCCAACUGUGACAUAAACAGCGCCCUCAACAAUGGCCUCGAAAACGACCCGGACUAUGAACUCGACAAACCGACCAGCCCAAACAUACCUUUUUGUGUAUUCGACUUUGACGACGAGGCUUACGACGACACUGUCGAUGACAAGGGCGACGAACCCAACGAUGACAUCGACGACGAUUCUGACGACGAUUUCUACGGUGAACAAAAGGACAACGAGGAUAAUGACUUCAACAAAAACCCCAACUACAACCUUGAGGACGAGCUUGAUGACGAACCCGAUGACGAUAUACCGACGACGUGUGUAAUGUCAACCACGAAGACGAACAGGACGACGACGUUCGGUUCGCCACUCAACGAGCGGAGGAAGUCCGCAGCUCUGACGCAUUUUGAUUGA